AUGUCGUCGGAGGAAAGUGAGCCCGUCGAGGCGGCGGCGGCUGGAUCAGGCUUGGUGACUAACAGAAUAUCAACACUGGGCCAUCAUCACGCCAGUACCAGCGGCCAAAGUAGUUCGUCCAAGCCCAGUGGAAGUCGCAAUUCUCUUGCUGCAGACCGUGGUGGGGGAAAGGCUCGUGCCUGGUUCAGUGCCUAUGGACCUCGGUGCAAGUGCCCCAAUGGCAGCACAACGAGUACACCAUCAGGGCCGAGUCGCCCUCCUGCUUCGGGUGCAACGCUGGAGGACGACGACCCCUUGAAAGGCUUCGAGUUGAGCUUUUUGUCGUUAAGUGGCGUGGACGACACAGUCUCUCCACGAACGCUGUGCGACAUCUCGCAGGAAUUUUCCUUCGUGGAGUGGGGAGUCAAUUUCCGGGCCGAGAAGCAGGGUCGCGAGCCGAGAUAUGCCUCACUCGCAUGGCUGCGCCAGCUACAAGAGGAGAUCGACCGGCGACAGCAAACCGGAAAGUUUGCUCCGAUCCACUUCGCGGCCCACCUGGGAGGUGAGUACUGCGUGGAUGUCUUAAAGGGCGAUGCGUCGCUGGUGCGCACCCUCUGGGAGGAUUACGGCUUCCUGCGGGUGUACCUCUGUCCGACGCGCGCCAAUGGCGUGAACAGCUCGCAGCUGAAGAAAUACCUGCAGUCGCUACGGUCAGUGAUCCUGGCGCUACCCCAAGUCGAGUUUGUCUUGCUGGUGACCAAGGAGACGAGGGCGCUGACGUUUCAUUUGAUGAACGACUGUCAGCCCAACCUUGCGUUCUUCUACUUUUCAGAGGAAGCAGAGGCAGGCACCAGCGAAAGCAGCGAUAAGUCGCGGGUCCAGAGCACCGCGCCGACGAACGGGCAGAGCUCACGGGCGAAGCGGCCUGCGCCCUGCCCGCACCCUGGCAUACACUGCGGCUAUGGCGGCGGCCUAACGAGUGAAAACCUCACGGCCGAGCUCCGGAACAUCGCACGCGCCGUUGGCCCACCGAAGCGUACGGUUUGGGUGGAUUUGGAGUCCGGUCUUCGCUCGCGUGCAGCCGGGCGUCCUGAUGAGUUUGACCUCGGGAAGGCGUGGGCUUGCAUCCGUGCUGUCUACGACCUUGAGCUGCCCCGGCCGCGGCCGACAUUUGCCUCGCGUUAG